CACUUGCGAGGAUAUUUGUUAGCAUUUUUCGCCUGAAAAAAACCGAACUCCUCUUUUCCUCUUUUUUUUUCAAAAUCCUCUUUUCUUUCAAACUAUAGAUCCUCUUUUUUCCUCUUUUUUUCCAAACUGUCGGUGGGAUACCAGCAAAACAUGAAAAUAAGUUAUCAGGAACAAAGGCAAACUGAAUAACUGGAGAAUAAAAGUAGAGAAUGUUCUAGUCAUAGCUGGCUAUGUCAACUAAGAGUAUAUAUACAGAUGUAUCAUCCUUACACUAUCAUGUUACUUGUUCCAUAUUGAAAAAAAUGACAGCAUCGAGUGCAACAACAAUUCAAGUAAAUAACGGUGAGACGCUUUUUUAUGAAGAAGUAGAGAAGUAUAUUAAUUCGUUGAGUGAAAAUUUUUAGAAAAAAAGUGUAAUUAAAGAAAAAGUAUAUGACGAUAUUGUUAAAUGUUUAUUAUUACCGAAAGGUAAGCCAUCAGACUCGUAUUCUUCAACAUUUAUUUAUUGGAUAAAACAUAAUUUCGUUUUGAUGAAAAUUGUCGGUAUUGAUAUUGCUUGUUGCGUUAAAUCUAAAAAGCCAAUUUGUAUUUAUGACGCAUUUUAUAAUGUAAUAAGUGAAGGACAUGUUGCUGUUUCACAUGGAGGUCGUCAUAAAACAGUUUCUGAACUUAAUUCUCAUUAUUCAUGGACACCACGAUUUUGUGUUGAAAUAUUUUUAAAACAAUGUAUACCGUGUCAAACAAGAAAGCCGAUUAAACAACGUAUCAUCAGACAAUUUUUCAAUAAUUUAGGUGAAGAAGAUCAUUAUUGUCAUUAA